AUGGCGGCGGUUCUGUCCGCCCUGGCUGCCAGGCUCUCUCAGUCGGCCGCGGCCCGCUCCUACGGGGUGUUCUGCAAGGGGCUGACCAGGACCCUCCUCAUCUUCUUCGACCUGGCCUGGAAGCUCCGCAUCAACUUCCCCUACCUCUACAUCGUCGCCUCCAUGAUGCUCAACGUGCGGCUGCAGGUCCAUAUUGAGAUCCACUGACGUGUGGCUUGCACUGUAUGCUGCAACUAGAGUCAGUCACGCUGUCCUUCAAAUCCAGCCUGUUGGGAAACAGCAAGGCUGUGCUCAUCUUCUCUAGCACUAUGAAGAAAGAAGAUUUAAACCAGAAACGAGUAUGUGACAGUGGCCCAGAUCAUCACGAGGCAGCAGCUCACCUGAUGCACGUACAUUCUGCGUUGAACAAUUCUCAAAGUCAUAGUAGCAGUUUACAAGAAUUAUUUUAUUUUAACACCAGGAAUUGUUCUCUCUUUAAUACUAUACCUCUGCCUUCGAUUGGCAAGGAAAUGCCUCUGAGUUUGAGUGAAUCAGCAGGGAGGAACUCAAGUGCAGCUGCUCCUUGGAAGGAUUCAUUUCAUCUGCAUUUUUCUUCUGGGAAAGACAGUCUUGAUAGGGUUUCUCAUUGCAUUAAUAGUAUUUCAGUAACGGUCUGGCUGGAGAAAGCUCGUAGUUUUGCUGGAGACUUCAGCUCAUGCUGCCCAGGAGACAACUUUGCAUGUUUUGCACACUUCUGGCUGGGAAAUUUGUGGUAUAAUAAAACCCAUCAGUUUCUGGCAUUAGAAAUGAGCAGCAGCAAAGAGAAUGAAUUGCAGCUUGUGUUUCUUAAAGAGCUGGAGCUCGAUGGACUUCCUGGUCUCUAUUCUAUUCCAGUUGCCUCACUGAAUGAAUAUGCUUUGGGACUCUCAAACAACCAGAAACCAUGUUUUUUUCUUUGUUACUUAAAUCUUGUGUCUUCACAGCAAACGCUUGGAUACAAGCAAAUGCUUUCAAAUAUACAAUAUCUGACUAAUAAUUUUCAUAUCAUGCAGCUAGUGAUUUCUGUGCUAGCUUUUGCACUAGCAGGUCUCUGUUAUGCUGUAGUGAAGGUAAAAAAGUACUAAGAUUUUAACAAUUACUAUUUUUAACAUUAGUAGGAACUUAGUUGACUAAAUAAAAGAGGCAAGGUUACAGUUGAGGUUUUAGUGAGAAGCAGACAGCUAAAGUAAAAAUCAUACUUGUGUAAUUGCUAAUAAAACUAGCUGUUGGAAUAACAGGGACUUUUUCGUAAGGAGUAUCUGCAUCUGAGUGGAGGAACUUAAUCUCAAAACUCUCUGGGACUUCCGCAGGUCUGCCAUUAACACUAGACUAGAAUCCAAUGUGAUUGUUUAGCACGGACCCUUUGUUUUCUUUACAGUUUGUAUUAGCAGAGUGUCCUGGCUGCUAUUUACAAUCAUUUCCAAUGAAACUGUUUCAUGUAGAACUGAAUUCCUGCUCUGAAUCCAACAGUAGCUAAUGUAUCAGUCCUUAAAACGCUUUGAAUUAGAAAGCUGUUGGGAGGGUGAUCUUCAAUACAGCAAAAUUCUCAGCAGUGUUCCUUUUCAGGGACGGUUCUGCUCUAACUGAAACAGUAUCUCAUGAGUUUUAUUGUGCUACAACAGACACUGUAAAGGAUUUUCUAAAAGAAUGUUUUCUUUCCUUGAAAAAGUGAUUGUUAUCACUGAAGCACAGUAUAAUAACUUCUAGGCCUGUUGACUUUGGCUUUGGGACAGACUUCUGACAACGGGGUUUGGCAAAGAAUGGAGCAAGAAUGUUGGAAUCAAUAGGGCUGCCUGUGAAUAAGAAUUCGCAGGAAUAGGCUCCCGUGGGCACUUAGAUGGGGAAACUCAUUGUGCAAUAGGUCAAAGUUUGAACUUGGUGUCCAAAAUUCUCAACAAGAGAGUUGGUGUAGGUGGGCUUAAUGUGCUCUAGGGGCUUACCUAAAGAGGGAGGAUUGGUACGGUGAGUUAGGAUGUGUUUUCAGCUCACCCUUUGCUCUGAGUUAAAAGUGAGGACUUAAUGCAGAGUAAAGUUGUGCCACUGAUUCACACACCAAGUAUCCUCUUGCUUGCUAGCUAGCUUCAUUUUGGGAAGAGAAUAAGUGAUGUUGCAUUUACUUUGAACUGAAUUCACCUGGAAAGCCAGCAGAGUUUCUAAUGUGUUUAUUUGGGCAUUAGCACUCUUGUAUAGAGAAAUCCUUGAUUAUGAGGGUGAGAUGCCAGUUAUCAGUGUUAUGGGGAGAAAUGCUAGACUUUUUAACCUUAUGAGUGCUGAAAGUAAGAUAUGCUACUUCUAAUGUUAAAUGAUAUGUUGUGUUUUUAUCUGCAUUGGUUGGCUCUUUCUUCUGGGUGUUAGAAGAGAUAAAAAGCCAUUUACUUUAAUUUAGAAAAUAAGUUUUCCCCUGGUGUGCACUUUUAUUUCUUGUUUAACUUCUAGACUUUUGACCAUAUGAUUACAUGUCACAAAAUUACCAAAAACCUCAAAAUAAUAAUGGAUUACAUAUUAAUUAUUUUGACAGCAGCAGUUUCCUCUUAGUAAAGCCUUUCAUUCUACUCGUUCCCAUCUCUGCUGCUGCAGUUUAUCACCCUUGCAGUGGUAUUAACACGAGUGUUUGUGGAUCAAGAUUGACGCGAUGUGGAUCUGAAACCCCAAAACACCAGAAACAAAGAUAUUUCUCCAAAAGUCUGUGGCUUAUUUGAGUUAUGGUGUUAAGCUGUUGUCUGCAUACGGCUUGACUCAGAAAAAAGUACUUGGCAGAGCUGAGGGUGGAGGAAUGAAGGUGGGGAGGGGUUGGAGCCUCUUUAAGCUGGCUUGAUUGCUAAGAAAACAUUGUGCAACUGCAUCUUAAUUUCUAUCACUAGCUAUCUAGGUAAAGAAGUACCCUUUUCCUGUAUGGUGAGCUUUUUUUUUAAGUUGCACAUAAACACAAUCCUGCAUCCACAACCGAGUGCUUGACCUUCCUAUAUAAAGAGUUGAUUGCCACAGUUGUACCUGUACUUGUUACUUGAGACCUUCUCUGUUCAGCUGAACGGUUUGGCCUGGAAGAUUCUCUACUCUGCUGUACAUCAUUUGGAAACCACAUAUUUAGAGAACCAUAGUUAUAUACAACAAAAAUUUGUAGGUGAUAUUGUCAGGUUAAUAGGAGUAGCUAAAGGCAUAAAAGCAUUAAUCUAGUUUUUAAUGCACCUAUUCAUGGUGAUUUUAAGGGGAAAAGAAAGGGGGGGGCAGGACAACACAUGAGCAAAAGCAGAAUUUAAAUGUGUGUACAGAGGGGUGCCAAGGGUCAUCUCUUUACUAAUGAUGAGCUUAUGCAGGAGGGAAUCUUGAAAUGUUGAAUCAUGUUUUGUAUCACAGUCCAGCUAAUACAGUCCUGUUUUAAGCAACUUUUUAUUUGAGCGAGUGGCCUUUAAUCACUUAUUACAGGAUCACUUUAAAUGCAGAUACAAUACAGCUAAGCAAAAUAAUGGAUUUUGUGUGUAUUGUGUGUAUAUUGAACAUAAGAUAUAAAGAAUAUGUCUAUAAAUGGAUUUAUUCCAUUUUAAGAUAAGUUUAUGUACUUUGCCUUGGAUUUUAUUGCUUAAAACCUAAAAGGUAACUUUCUAACUUGAACAUUCCGUCUGAAAUUCGAAUAAAGGAUAGUUUGGUAUGUUAAAAUCUCAUGUAAUAUACUGCACUUUAAGCUUGGGGAGGCCAUAAAUUGAAAGCACUGUUCUUGCACUAAUAGAAUUGUUUGACUGGCAGUGACAAUGCUUAAAUGGCUUUUACUGUGUGUGGGAGAAGAGUGCACCAGAAGGAUGGCAAUCCUUUGAAACUUUAUAUGAAUCAAACAGUAUAUCGUUUAGGCCACUGUUCUCUUCCUACAAAUGUUUUGAUAUUAAUUAAUCUCAAAAGAUGGAAGGUGUCUCAGCUAAGAACCAGUUUGUAUGGAGUUUUGUGGCUUUGGUAAGCCAGAUGUGGAAGCUGCUUUUCUCAGUAAAUGUGCUGUUAGGGCUGAGAUGGAUGAUUGUUAUAAGAAUAAUGGUUUUAGUGAGGGUAAGGGGCCUUUAUACUGAACCGGGAGUUGCCUUCUUAUUUCUAGUUCCUCUCUCAUCUUGCUGUUCUGUUGGUGUUGGAAAGAGGUAUUUCUAAGCAAAGUGUCAGGGUUCUACUAAACAAUUCAUGCUUUCUAAAACUUCAUUGAUCAGUGUCCAGAUCCUUUCUGCACUACAAAGCAGAGAGUUCUAUUUCUGCCAUUAGAAAACAAGUUAAGAAAAUAUUCAAUAUUUAGAGAAUUGCCUGGUAGUUUCCCAUAAAUGUACACUUGAGUGGAAGUUUACUAUAUGGUGGACUGCUUUGAAGAAGUUAAAUGUGUGUGCACAGAGCUCUGCAUGUAUAUAAACAGUGUUUUACCAGAGUAUGAUAUUGGAAUGCUUAUGCAAAUGCUUAUUUACUUUCUGACAUUACAGUGCAAAAGGCAGUAGAGUGUACUUCUCAAUGUGAUAUUAACUAGUGCAGUCUUAGAAAUCUGUGGGCAUCAUUGUGCACCAUGAGGCAGUUUAAUCUGUAGACAUUUUUUAGCCUUUUGCUUUUUCAGUGUUGGGUUUUUUUUAGGGGGAUGUUGUGUUUUGUUGUUUGGGGUUUUUCUUUUUUUGGUGUGUUAUUGUUGGUUUUUUCUUUGCUUUGUUUUUGUUUGUUUUUCUUUUCAUAGGACUCUGAAAACUGCACUUUCUUAAACUUUGCCAAAGUUUGCUUUCUUUCUCCUCUUCUCCUCCCUUGCCCCUCCUUAAAGGUAUGCACACAUUUAAUUUUUGGAAGAAGCAAGCCUGUACAUACUCUCCUAAUAUCUUAUUGUCAAGUUGUUCCUUUUGUUUUUAUGGCCUGGUCUUACCUCUAUUUUCCUUCUCUUACCUCCCCAUCAUUUCUCAGCAUAAGCAUAUACUGAUAUUCUGUUCCAUUUCAAAAACACUCCCCUGUAAUUAAUUAUGCAAAACAAAUUGACAGAAACCAUGUAGAGAUGUAAGCAUCUGUAGUGUGUCAUUAGGGUUGUCUGACAAGUGGUAUAUCUGAUAGAGAAAUAGAUAGUCAAUGUGAUAUUUCUGCUUUUUCCCUUCGAACCAGCUGCUUUGAUUAAAAUCUAGUAUUUAAUUCAAAUCUGUGGUACCUCUGUCAGCUGAGAACUGCACCUAGAAUUUGGGGCUUGUCAAAUACAUUGAGGUCAAAACUUAAGAAACAGUUAUGCUGGCUUAAAUACUCUUCAGGUAUUUUUAGUCAUUAGUAUAACUUUCUGAAAAAUUCAUAUGAAUGUACUCAAUAUCUUGAAACCUUCUUUUUCUAAGAGUGCAUAGAAUAAAAUGUGUUCUGACACUUGUUUCUGUGAUGCACAGUCAGUAACUGGUGGGGAAACGUUUUUAGGAUUUAAAAAAAUAUUUUUGAUGAAUCCCCUUUUGAUAUCUCAGACUAUGAAACCUCUAAUCCUUAAGGAAGAGCUGCAUUUGACAGAACCUUCAAACAAACAACUUGGUGCCUAUGCAGAUUGAUCAGCUCACAUACUUAAAUGUAAGGACAUAGAUGUCAAUCUGCUGAUGGUUUGAAAACAAGAAUAAUAUGGAAGUGCUAGAAUAAUGCUAUCCUUUACCACCCUAAACUAAGUAAAUCCUGUUGGUGUGUAUUUUGAAAUUAAUCAUGUAUUACGUUCCAAAAGCUCAAUUGUCUUAGUCUUUUUGGAAUUGGCAAUACAAGAUUCAGACCCAGUAGAUGGCUAUUUCAUGGUUAAUGAUGAAAUAAAUUGAAAAGCUAAAACAUUUUAGAAAAUGGCCUGAGGGACUUCCAGAAAGAAAAUCUGCCUUGAAAAGAUCCAGUUUAUUUCUGUCAUCUCAAUAUAUUUAUAGUCUGUUUUGCAAAUCUCUCCUUUCUUUGUGGAAGAUCUGUAUAAACCUGAUAGCAAAAAUGGUUCAAAGCCAAAGCUGUAAAAGUAUGCGUUCUUUAAUUUUCUGUUUGUAGUCAAUUUUACCUAUUACCAAGUAUAAAAAUAUCUAGAUGUGAUGUAAGCUUUUGUUCUUAAAAGUACGUAAAUCUAAUGCUUAGUGCCUGAUGCAUCACUUGAAGUUGAGUGUUCCAUUAACUUUUUGAAAAUGAGUUCUGCUACCUGCUGGUGACUAACACUAAUUUUAAAUGCUGACACUUAUCACUUCCUGUAAACUGUGAUGUUAUCCCGUGCAGAACAACUUUAGUCUAUGGCCUUGGUCUUUGGCCCUAAUUUUUUUUUAUUGCAAUGUGGGAGGUGGAGAAGGCUGGCACAAACCAUUUUUGUUUGUUCCAGAGAAAGAUGUUUACAAUUUUGUAUGUAUUUUAGAAAUUUAUUGUAACUUUUUAACUUGUGAGAGGAGAUGCCAUAGUAAACUUGAAACCUGUUGUCCUAAUGAGGUCAAUACAGACUUUUGAGUAAUACAGAGUGCUGUCUAAACUUCCAGAAGCUGUUGACUGUGGUGCUGCUUGCUUACACCACAGGAGGGAGUUAAACAUCAGUCUUUUAGGUAUUUUCGGUUAUGGCAUUGUUUUUUCCUAGUACAGUGCAUUUCAGUUUAGAAAUAUGCUGACUUUGACUUGUCUUAUGGAUUGUCACUGCAAAUAGGUAAAUGUACAAAAUCAAUACACAGCAGUAAUGUAUUAUAACUGUUUACAAUUUAACUCUGAAUACCAAUUGAUGGGUUUUACCAAGCUAUAUAAAAACAAAUAAAAAUCUUUUUAAAAAU